AUGAUUCCAGUAGGAGUUCUUGGUGAUUUUAUUAAGACUCUGCCUCUAGGAAAGUGCAAAUCCCCUGUGUUUAGCGCAAAGAAGAAAGAACGAAUCAAUAUUUUGGGAACUUUAAGGCUAAAGCUUGAACAUAAGGGUGUAUCAGUUUAUGAUCUUGCGUAUAUUUCUGAGGAGAUCACUGUUCCACUUCUUAGCAGACGUUCCUGUGAAGAGCUGAACCUGGUGAGGAGAAUUUUUUCUGUAGAUUCACAUGAUAUUGACUGGGCUACUAAGUAUCCUAAUUUAUUUCAAGGGCUGGGAAAUAUGAAAGGAGAGUACAAGAUUGAAAUGAAGGAGAAUGCAGUUCCUUACGCUAUAUCCACCCCCAGGGUUGUACCAAUACCUUUAAAAACCAAGGUGAAAGAGCAGUUAGACGAUAUGCUUGAGAAAGGAGUGAUUGUUCCAGUUGAACACGCGACUGAUUGGUGCGCACCAAUGGUAGUUUGCGCAAAAAAGGGAGGUGGGGUUAGGAUCUGCGUAGACCUAUCCAAACUCAACAACAGUGUGAAACGUCGGUUUUAUCCUAUCCCAAAGAUCGAACUUUCAUUGGCCGAGAUCGCGGGAGCCAAGUACUUCAGCAAGAUCGAUGCGAAUUCCGGGUUCUGGCAACUGAACCUUGCAGAGGAGUCACAAGAUUACGAGUUUCAGCGCCGCAUGUCAAAAGCUUUAGAAGGGGCAAAGAACUGUUUAGUGCUCAUUGACGACUGUCUGAUAUGGGGAAGAACGAAAGAAGAACACGACGAGUGUCUUAGGGCCGUUCUAGAGAGAGUGCAAGCUAAUGGAAUCACCUUGAAUAAGCAGAAGUCGGAGUUCUGCAAGAAGACUGUGACAUUUCUGGGGUUUGUGCUGUCUAAGGACGGAAUCAAGCCUGAUCCAAGCAAGCUCUCACCGAGGCUACAGCGGUUCCGAAUGCGUAUGAUGAGAUACGAUUAUCGCAUGACCUGGACCCCAGGAAAAGACCUUGCCAUAGCAGAUCUACUAUCAAGAAGUCCUAUUCCGGCUGACGAAGAUGGCGAAUUGACCGAAGAAGUGGAAGCCUUCGUCCACGAAAUCAGUCUGAUUAGUAUAAACACUACAGAUGAAAAUGUGACAAAGGUACUUCACUCACAAAUGAGAGAUCCAAUCUGUGCACAACUUAAGUUACAAAUUUUAGACGAAUGGCCUGUAAAAUCAAGUUUACCUAAUGAGAUUCAAGAGUACUUUAAUGUGAAAUACGAGUUAAGUUGUAUUGAUGGGCUAUUGCUUCGAGGAACUCGGAUGAUAAUACCUCAAGAACUACGAGCGGAAAUGCUCGAGAGGCUUCACAGUGGACACUUGGGAAUCACAAAAACAAGGAAACGUGCUUUGGGAACCAUGUGGUGGCCUGGAAUUUCUCAAGAAAUAGAAAGGAAAAUCAAAUCGUGUCCAGUGUGUAUUCAGAACUCAACUAAUCACAGUGAACCAUUGAUUCCGAGAACUGUCCCGGAUUACCCGUGGCAAAAUGUGUCUGUUGACUUGUUCAAACACGAAGACAAGUGGUAUAUGGUUAUCGUGGAUCACUACUCAAGAUACUUUGAAGUCGAGGAAAUGCAUCGAAUGAGGGCUUCAGAUGUGAUUCGGGUUUGCAAAACCACAUUUUCACGUUUUGGAAUUCCUCAACGUGUUUAUUCAGAUAGUGGGACACAAUUUCACCAUAUUGACUCAAGUGAAUUUAAAUUGUUUGCAAAGGAGUGGGGGUUCUCCACAUUCAGAAGUAGUCCCCACCACCAUCAGGGAAAUGGGGCAGCUGAAGCAGCUGUGAAAGUAGCAAAAGGGCUAAUGAAGAAAAACAAGGAUAAAUUUGAACUUGCCCUACUUUCUUACCGGACCUCACCUCUUGAAACCGGCUUUUCCCCAUCUGAACUUAUGUUUGGAAGGAAAUUAAGAGACAAUCUUCCAUCUACUUUGGUUGGAAAUCCUGUGGAAAAUAAGAAUUUUCUUGAGAGGGAGAAUAAGUACCAGAAUAAGUACAAGAUACAAUUUGAUAAACGACAUGGAGCGAGUGGUUUAAGUGAAUUAGAAGUUGGAAGCAUGGUAUGGAUCACAGAUCUACGUCGACACGGUAAGGUAGUCAGGAAAUUGAACGAACCACGUUCCUACCUUGUGGAAACUGACAAGAGAACUAUUCGCCGAAACAGGAAGUUCUUAGUUCAUGCACCGUACUACGGAGGAGAUGGAAAUCUUUCAAACUGUUCAUCCAUGGUCCUUAAUCGUCCAUGCAACUCACGUGAUCGUCCAGGAGCUGGCACAGUAACCCGUUACGGAAGGUCCAUUAAGAAACCGAGGCGGUACUGA